AUGAGUGGGGGCAGACCCAUGAUUGAUAAGUGGGUUGUACUGAAUAAGGAAUUGAGAGCUCAGUUCCUUCUAUGCAAUGUUGCAUGGUUAGUAAGGGAAGCCUUGAAGAAUUUGAAGCAACCCUGGGCACUAUCGGAAUUAAGAAGACAUAACGUGAGAAGCCUCAAUUCUGCCAUUGCUGCAGCUGAGAGAUAUAUGGACUACCGAGCAACAGUCAUUUCUAGUAAGAAGAAGAAGACAGUCGAGAAAAGGAAAGAGAUUGGGAUUGCUUCAGAUGGAGCCAAGGGCAAGAAGCACAAUGACAAGAAGAAGUUUUCAGGUUGCUUUCUUUGCCAAGGUGCCUACCGUGUGAAGGAUUGUCCAAGGAGAAAGAACUUGAAUGCAAUCGUGACUGAAAGAGAGGGAGGUGCUGAAGAGGGCAGCAAUCUUCAGGUGAGUCUAAUGGUGUUAUUGAAUUCACUAAGAGUAAUCCCACCAGAAGAUCUAUUGGGAGAGGAUGCAAUUGAGCAACCGGUGUUGGAGAAGUUUAUGGCAAGGACUUGUGUGCUACACAGCCACAUGUACAGCAUAGGUACCAUUCGAGAUGACUUUAGUAUUUAUAUAGAUGUGCUAGAGGAGUUCGAUUUCAAGUUGGUCUAUAUUUCCAUGAGGCAUAGGGACUUCGAGGAGCGAUUUGAUGAGGUGAUGUAA